AGUGAUUCACACUGUUUGCAUUGGCGCUUGUUGGUUUAUUAUUCUGAAUCACACAAAAACAUGUUGAUGCAAAGUUACUGUUGAUACAGACCCAGUUAUACUCCGCUUUAGAAUAAUGUAAAUAUCGAAUGUUGCUUGUGUAAAUAAAUUCGCAUAAACAAUUUUGAAAAAUACUUCUAGAUUUUAUUUUUUUGGACGACACAAUAAAGGCCAUUCGGCAAGUCGUAAGUAAACCUUUGCAGCAGCCGGUUUGACUAUUGUUGCAGUUUUUUAAACCUUCGAUAACAUUUAAUCAACUAUUCCAAGUAAUACUAUCAGACUUCAAAAGUUAUUAUAUUAUUUCAAAGCUAUAUUAUACUUCUAUUUUACUAGAUUGACAAGAUAAAAAUGAAAAUCUUCUGUUUAUUAAUAUCUAUUUUCUUCGAGAAUGUAUUGGCAGGAGAACGUGAGAUAUAUACAAAUUUGAUGUGUUUUACAACUGGACUCAUCCAAGUAGCUUAUCACAAGGAUUUAACUGUAGAAGGUAGACCUGGAGCAAAUGGAUUGGAGCAUCAAAUUGAGAAAAUGGUUGAUGAUAUCAAUAAUGUCAAUAAAUACCAAAAUUUCCGCAAAAUUUGUUUUUUGAUGGCUGUACCGGACCAUUUAGAAAUUCUCCUGGAAGUACAGGAGCCUCCACCUCGUCCAUAUCCAAAAGCCAAUCAAUUUUUGGCCAUAAUGGUUAACGAAUUAGAGAGUAUAGUAGGUAUGAGAAUACAUGGUUUGGAAACUGAUGAUGGGAGUACAUUGGAAGGCUUUAUAAACAUGAUUAGAGAAUUUGUUGCUUGGUCUAUAAAACGUUUAAUCAGAAGUCGUAUAUUAGGAUCUCAGCAGGAUGUUUUGUCGUUACCCAACUGUCGUUUGCUUGGAUUGUACUGGAGUACACAAUCUCCAAAUUCAUACAUAGUAGAAGUUAACGUUGAUUCAACUGCCGGUACAUGUAUCUUAAAGAAUGUACACGAUGACGAAAAGAAAUACAGUAAAAUCGAAGGCACGUGGUCAGAAAUAUACGAAAAUGGCCAUGUACGAGAAUCACUCGAGCGACAGUUAGAACGUGGACAACCACUAGUUGCACCCACAUAAUAACCUAAUGUUAGAAAAACACUGUCAUCUGUGUUCUGUUCUUUGCAUAAUAAAUUAUAAUUUAUCUUAUUGUUGUCACUAUAUACACUAUAAAAUCUGAAAUAAUACAUAUAUUUAAACUGACGGCAAAACAACCGUCUUUGGAUUUUUUCAAUCACAUAUUUCUUAUAAUACAUUUUUUUGUACAGUAAU